AUGCAGGUGUCCGGCUCUCUCCUCCUCUGCAGCGCGGUUCUGCUCGCACUGCUGCAGGGAUGCUGCUCCGCUGUGAAGGGAUGGAGGCUACUGAAGAACGACGCCACGGAGGUUUUACCGGAGUACACGGGGAACAGCAGGACUCCUCCCGAGGCCACACUGCACGAGUCCAACAGUAACAACAACAACAACAACAACAAUAAUAACAAUAACAGCAACAGCAUGAACAACAGGGCGAAAACCGGAGGAAGGACCGCAAACACUGUCUCCUACAGUGCCGCUGAGCUGAGCUGCAGGGAGUUGCGCUCCACCCGCUACAUCACCGAUGGGUCCUGCCGCAGCGCCAAGCCGGUGAAGGAGCUGGUGUGCUCGGGCCAGUGCAUGCCCGCGCACCUCAUGCCCAACUCCAUCGGCCGCGGCAAGUGGUGGAGGGGCAGCACCUCGGACUACCGCUGCAUCCCGGCCCACUCCCGGUCGAGGAGGGUCCAGCUUCAUUGUCCCAGCGGCAACACCCGGACUUACAAAAUCCGCGUGGUCACCUCCUGCAAGUGCAAGCGCUUCAGGCCCCACCACAACCAAUCGGAGGCCAAGGAGGUCCCGAAGACACAACGCGGCAGGAAGCACAGCCGCUUGUCUCAAGACCGGAGCAAGAACAACACGCCGACACUGGCGGGCAACUCGUACUGA